UUUUGGUGGAGAUGAAGGGGUGGGUCUAUGGUACAUCACCUGAGUUGUGGGGUAAAUGUAGAGAGUGUCAAUCAAAGGCAGAGCUCUCAGAGCUGGGAAGGAGGCUCUAGAUGGCGGCUGUGCCUUAGAGAGAGCGCGCUCUGCUCCCUGCCUUCGCCUCACUUUACGCAACUUUCCCUAACUUUCGGGCAGCCUCAGGGGGCCCCCGCAGCCCCCUGCCUCUCCUAGUGGCUUACUGGGGUCGAUUUGAACCUUUUUAAGGGAGAAAAGCAGCUUUUAGGACCUUCCUUUUCGUGCCUUGUUGGAAAGAAGCAGCCGUACUGAGAGCCCAGGUCGUUGUUUUUUCCAGCUUAGAAGCCAUGGCGCACCUCCAUUUUUGUGCGCUCUCCUAAUGAGGUUUUUUUUUCUUCCGGACCCGUUUUAGUAUUAAUUGUUGCUUUAUUUUUUUGACCAGUUAACAUACUGGAGGAUUAUUGUAUUUAUUUUUCGUUUUUGUAACGGAGAAUUUUGUUUUUAUUUUUAAUUAUUUGGGAUCUGAUAUUUUUCUACUACUAGAUAGGACUCCUGCUUUGGACCUACUACAUGGAUCAGUAAAUACCUGGGCACAGGACUUCAAAGCAAACACAGAUUCCCCCUCCCCCUUAUAUUUAAGAAUUAAAAGAUGAUGAGAAAUAAGGACAAAAGCCAAGAGGAGGACAGUUCGCUACACAGCAAUGCAUCAAGUCACUCAGCAUCUGAAGAAGCUUCCGGUUCAGACUCAGGCAGCCAGUCGGAGAGUGAGCAGGGCAGCGAUCCAGGAAGUGGACAUGGCAGUGAGUCAAAUAGCAGUUCUGAGUCUUCAGAGAGCCAGUCGGAAUCUGAAAGUGAGUCGGCGGGUUCCAAAUCCCAGCCUGUCCUUCCAGAAGCCAAAGAGAAGCCAGCCUCUAAGAAGGAACGGAUAGCUGAUGUGAAGAAGAUGUGGGAAGAAUAUCCUGAUGUUUAUGGGGUUAGGCGGUCAAACCGAAGCAGACAAGAACCAUCACGAUUUAAUAUUAAGGAGGAGGCAAGUAGCGGGUCUGAGAGUGGGAGCCCAAAAAGAAGAGGCCAGAGGCAGCUGAAGAAACAAGAAAAAUGGAAACGGGAGCCCUCGGAAGAUGAACAGGAGCAAGGCACCAGUGCAGAGAGCGAACCAGAGCAAAAAAAAGUGAAAGCCAGAAGACCUGUCCCCAGAAGAACAGUGCCCAAACCUCGUGUUAAAAAGCAGCCUAAGACUCAGCGUGGAAAGAGAAAAAGGCAGGAUUCUUCUGAUGAUGAUGAUGAAGAUGACGAAGCUCCUAAAAGGCAGACUCGUCGCAGGGCAGCUAAAAACGUUAGCUACAAGGAAGAUGAUGACUUUGAGACCGACUCUGACGACCUCAUUGAGAUGACUGGAGAAGGAGCUGAUGAGCAGCAGGAUAACAGUGAAACUAUUGAAAAGGUCUUAGACUCAAGGCUGGGGAAAAAAGGAGCCACUGGAGCCUCUACUACUGUAUAUGCGAUCGAAGCUAAUGGAGACCCUAGUGGUGACUUUGACACUGAGAAGGAUGAAGGCGAAGUCCAGUACCUCAUCAAGUGGAAGGGUUGGUCUUACAUCCACAGCACGUGGGAGAGCGAAGAAUCCUUACAGCAGCAGAAAGUGAAGGGCCUAAAAAAAUUAGAGAACUUCAAGAAGAAAGAGGAUGAAAUCAAGCAAUGGUUAGGAAAAGUCUCUCCUGAAGAUGUGGAAUAUUUUAACUGCCAACAGGAGCUGGCCUCAGAGUUGAACAAACAGUAUCAGAUAGUUGAAAGAGUAAUUGCUGUGAAGACAAGCAAAUCUACACUGGGUCAGACAGAUUUUCCAGCUCAUAGUCGGAAGCCGGCACCUUCAAAUGAACCUGAAUAUCUGUGCAAAUGGAUGGGCCUGCCAUAUUCCGAGUGCAGCUGGGAAGAUGAAGCCUUGAUUGGCAAGAAGUUCCAGAGCUGCAUUGACAGCUUCCAUAGUCGCAAUAACUCAAAAACCAUCCCGACACGAGAAUGCAAGGCCUUGAAGCAGAGACCACGAUUUGUGGCUUUAAAGAAACAGCCGGCAUAUUUAGGAGGGGAGAAUCUGGAGCUCCGUGAUUAUCAGCUAGAAGGUCUCAACUGGCUUGCUCAUUCCUGGUGCAAAAGUAACAGUGUAAUCCUUGCUGAUGAAAUGGGCCUAGGAAAGACCAUCCAGACCAUAUCAUUCCUCUCCUACCUGUUCCACCAACACCAGCUGUAUGGCCCCUUUCUUAUAGUCGUCCCUUUAUCCACCCUCACCUCAUGGCAGAGGGAGUUUGAAAUCUGGGCACCAGAGAUUAACGUAGUGGUUUACAUAGGUGACCUGAUGAGCAGAAAUACGAUACGGGAAUAUGAAUGGAUUCAUUCUCAGACUAAAAGGCUGAAGUUCAAUGCACUUAUAACAACAUACGAGAUCCUUUUAAAAGAUAAGACUGUGCUGGGCAGUAUUAACUGGGCCUUUCUGGGAGUGGAUGAAGCCCAUCGGUUGAAGAAUGAUGACUCUUUAUUGUAUAAAACUCUGAUUGAUUUCAAGUCCCACCAUAGGCUCCUGAUUACGGGGACCCCUCUUCAGAAUUCCCUCAAAGAGCUCUGGUCCUUGCUGCACUUUAUUAUGCCGGAGAAGUUUGAAUUCUGGGAAGAUUUUGAAGAGGACCACGGGAAAGGGAGGGAGAACGGCUACCAGAGUCUUCAUAAGGUGCUGGAGCCCUUCCUCCUCCGGAGGGUCAAAAAGGACGUGGAGAAAUCCCUUCCUGCCAAAGUGGAACAGAUCCUCAGGGUGGAGAUGUCGGCUCUACAGAAGCAGUAUUACAAAUGGAUUCUGACCAGGAACUACAAGGCUCUUGCCAAAGGGACAAGAGGCAGCACAUCCGGGUUCCUGAAUAUUGUGAUGGAGUUGAAAAAGUGCUGUAACCACUGCUACCUGAUCAAGCCCCCUGAGGAGAACGAGCGAGAGAACGGGCAGGAGGUUCUUCUGUCCCUGAUCAGAAGCAGUGGGAAGCUGAUUCUGUUAGAUAAACUGUUGACAAGACUUCGAGAAAGGGGCAACAGAGUCCUUAUCUUCUCCCAGAUGGUCAGAAUGUUGGACAUCCUGGCUGAGUACCUGACGAUCAAGCACUAUCCUUUCCAGCGUCUAGAUGGUUCCAUCAAGGGAGAAAUCCGAAAACAGGCACUGGACCACUUCAAUGCGGACGGGUCUGAGGACUUCUGUUUCCUGCUCUCGACAAGGGCUGGUGGCCUGGGAAUCAAUCUGGCUUCGGCGGACACAGUUGUCAUCUUUGACUCUGACUGGAACCCCCAGAACGACUUGCAGGCACAAGCCCGAGCCCAUAGAAUUGGUCAGAAGAAGCAGGUAAAUAUUUACCGCUUGGUUACAAAGGGGACUGUGGAGGAGGAGAUCAUCGAACGGGCCAAAAAGAAGAUGGUAUUGGACCAUCUGGUGAUUCAGCGCAUGGAUACCACUGGCCGGACGGUUCUGGAAAACAACUCGGGAAGGUCCAACUCAAACCCUUUUAAUAAAGAAGAGCUGACAGCUAUUUUGAAAUUUGGAGCAGAGGAUCUCUUCAAAGAACUGGAGGGGGAGGAGUCAGAGCCUCAGGAAAUGGACAUAGAUGAAAUUUUGCGCUUGGCUGAAACCAGAGAGAACGAAGUGUCGACAAGUGCAACAGAUGAGCUUCUGUCCCAGUUUAAGGUAUGGAAAUUAUUGUGGGAGGGAGUCCUCAGCACUGAUAAUAUUAACGUGGACAGUUUCGGAGACAUUCAGCAGUCUUGUAUUUCAUGGCAGCUGCAUGGUUUGGGCUCAGUCUGUCUGGGCAUAGUGUGUGGCCUAUUUCACCACGGGGUACACUUGCAGGAACAGAGCCAAAGCCUCUGGUUGUUAAUGUGUCUUAUUGAUCAUGUUCUCAGGUUCAUCAAGGCAUAUAAGAAGUUCGGUCUCCCUCUUGAACGGCUGGAGUGCAUAGCACGUGAUGCUGAGCUGGUGGAUAAGUCUGUAGCAGAUCUGAAACGCCUGGGGGAACUGAUUCACAACAGCUGUGUGUCAGCAAUGCAGGAGUAUGAAGAACAGCUGAAGGAAAAUGCCAGUGAGGGGAAAGGACCAGGGAAAAAGAGAGGCCCAACGAUCAAAAUAUCGGGGGUUCAGGUUAAUGUGAAAUCCAUUAUACAACAUGAGGAAGAGUUUGAGAUGCUGCAUAAAUCGAUCCCUGUGGACCCUGAAGAAAAAAAAAAAUACUGCUUAACCUGUCGAGUGAAAGCUGCACAUUUCGAUGUAGAGUGGGGGGUGGAGGAUGAUUCGCGACUACUGCUGGGAAUUUAUGAACAUGGCUAUGGAAACUGGGAGCUAAUUAAAACGGAUCCAGAGCUUAAGUUAACUGACAAAAUUCUGCCUGUGGAGACAGAUAAAAAGCCUCAGGGGAAGCAGCUGCAGACGCGAGCGGACUACUUGCUGAAGCUGCUCAGGAAGAGCCUGGAGAAGAAGGGGGCCGUGACGGGCGGGGAGGAGGCCAAAUUAAAGAAGCGGAAGCCUCGAGUAAAGAAAGAAAACAAAGAACCCAGGCUGAAAGAUGAGCAUGGGGUUGAGUUUUCAUCUCCUAGACACUCAGACAAUCCGUCGGAAGAGGGAGAAGUAAAGGAGGAUGGCUUAGAAAAAAGUCCAAUGAAAAAGAAACAGAAGAAGAAAGAGAACAAGGAGAACAAGGAGAAACAAAUGAGUUCUAGGAAAGACAAAGAAGGGGACAAGGAAAGGAAGAAGUCAAAAGAUAAGAAAGAGAAGCCUAAAGGUGGUGAUGCCAAAUCUUCAAGUAAAUCAAAGCGAUCUCAGGGUCCUGUCCAUAUUACAGCAGGAAGUGAACCUGUCCCCAUUGGAGAGGAUGAGGAUGAUGAUCUGGACCAGGAGACGUUCAGCAUAUGCAAAGAGCGGAUGAGGCCUGUGAAGAAGGCACUGAAACAGCUGGACAAACCCGACAAGGGGCUCAACGUGCAAGAACAGCUAGAGCACACCCGAAACUGCCUGCUGAAAAUCGGAGACCGGAUAGCCGAGUGCCUUAAAGCCUACUCAGACCAGGAGCACAUCAAACUGUGGAGAAGGAAUCUAUGGAUUUUUGUUUCCAAGUUUACAGAAUUUGAUGCUCGAAAAUUGCAUAAAUUAUACAAGAUGGCUCAUAAGAAAAGGUCUCAAGAAGAGGAGGAGCAAAAGAAGAAAGAUGAUGUGAUUAGUGGUAAGAAGCCGUUUCGAGCAGAGGCUUCGGGUUCCAGCCGGGACUCCCUGAUAUCUCAGUCUCAUACCCCGCACAACCUUCACCCUCAGAAGCCUCACUUGCCGGCCUCCCAUGGCCCACAGAUGCACGGACACCCACGAGAUAACUAUAAUCACCCCAACAAGAGACAUUUUAGUAAUGCAGAUCGAGGAGACUGGCAGAGGGAAAGGAAGUUCAACUAUGGUGGUGGCAACAACCCUCCGUGGGGCAGUGACAGGCACCACCAGUACGAGCAGCACUGGUAUAAGGACCACCAUUACGGGGACCGGCGACACAUGGACGCCCACCGUUCUGGGAGCUACAGACCCAACAGCCUGUCCAGAAAGAGACCUUAUGACCAGUACAGCAGUGACCGAGACCACAGGGGACACAGGGAUUACUAUGACAGGCACCAUCAUGACUCUAAGCGGAGGAGAUCCGAUGAAUUUCGGCCUCAAAAUUACCACCAGCAGGAUUUCCGACGAAUGUCUGACCACCGCCCCCCUAUGGGCUACCAUGGCCAAGGACCCUCGGACCAUUACCGCUCUUUCCACACAGACAAAUUGGGGGAGUAUAAACAGCCCCUGCCCCCCCUGCACCCUGCAGUCUCAGACCCUCGUUCGCCCCCUUCUCAGAAGUCUCCCCACGAUUCCAAGUCACCCCUGGAUCACAGGUCUCCUUUGGAGAGAUCUCUAGAACAGAAAAACAACCCAGAUUAUAACUGGAAUGUUCGGAAAACAUAAAGGACAGCUGGGAAAGAAGGGGAGAGCAAGAGUCAUUAAGCACCUGGAUAUUUUUGGUCUGAUCCAGUAGGAGCCAGUUAUCUAGACCAGUGAGUGGAGUUUCUGGACAUGCUGCUGCUGUCAGCUUGCCGGCGGAAGGAGCUCCUCAAGGAGUGGGGGGCCUUUCACUCGGUCCAGGUUGGGUUUGGGUCGCCACUCCUGCACUUUGACACCCCAUCCCAUUCCAGCCUGGUUUUGGCCUAUCACCGUGAUGGGUGCUAGGAGGAAGAGGUGACUUUUGUGUAGCAGCUUUGUGGGCUGUGUUUCCCCAGUGAAGGAAGACGGGAUCUUAGAGUCACGAGUAUUUUGUUGCCGGGGUCCGUGCGCCCUGAGCCGGGGUGCGGUGGGCUGGGUCGGAGCAUGUGUGUGCAGGCUGCCGGGACCUGCUGGAUGGCACACGAUCCGCUUCACUGUGACAUGACAGAUGCUGCUGACGGGGAGGGGGCGUGGGGCUCGCCUCUUGGGACUUGAAGGGGGGCAGGUGCACUCCUCAGACGUGUUCUUGGGAGAGGCUGUACACUCGGGCCUCAGCAUGACACCUGUGGUCCGGGGGGACAGAGGGAAACAGCUUGCACAGCGGCCCCUUCCCGACCAACACUAAUUUUUCCCACACUAUCUGUGCAUUUCAAAGGCCUGGUCUCCCGAGGGGCCUCCUUCGCCCUGGUGCCCAGGAAGCGGGGGCCCGUGUGGGUGACUUCUGAGUACUGUGAGCGGGGCAGCACUGGCGUGGGCGUGGAUCUUCCUUGGUUGGGAGUGGGCUGAAAGCGGGGCUAGGGUGGGGGCAGUGUGGCCAGGGACCCGGAAUCCCCGGUGGAUUUCUGAUCCUGUGAUGAGAAGUGUUAGUUCAGGGCCGGGGGCGGAGGGGGAAGCUUGCUGCUGGCCAGUGCCAAGGUGGGGGAGGUGCAGGUGGUGCGUGGGUUUCCUGGGGGGGGGGGGCUUUGGGUGUUGUGCCUGGUCAGCCUCUGCAGCCGCCUUGUAGUUCCUUUAGUUCCCUUUGCACAGUGUGAGGAAGUAGACGGCGCAGAGCACACGUGUACUGACCCGUGUGGUGGGUGGACAGGCGAAGCCCAGGGACCUGUGGGGAACAGGCUCCCACGGCUAGUAGGACAUCAGUAGACUUGAGCUCUCGGUUUUUCUUUCUUUCUUUCUUUCUUUUUUUUUUUAAGAAUGAGAUCAAAUAAAGUAUAACCCUAAGUUGAAGUUUUUGUGAACUAGAAAGCCUCCAAGGACGGGCCUGCGCCGACAGAGUCAAGUGGGAAGGCAAGUUGGUUGCACCAUUUCAUCAGGCUCCUGUCAUUCUGAUACGGGGCCUUCCGUUUUACUCAUUUUAAAUGUCGCUUGCCAGUAUUGUUUGAGUGUCCAAAGGCCUUUCUAGGUGGAACAACUGACUUGAACCUACACCGUGCCUAACUGUCCAGGCUCAGAGCUGGUGAAUACCUUCCCAUCGGGCACACACAGGGUUAAACUCCCUGAACUAACCUGUGAGGACUUCAUAAAAUGAUCAUUACUUGCUUGCCGGUACCCUGGGCAGCACCAUGAAUGCCUUUACUAAGAAAUCCCCAAGUCCCAGCACCCUCGUGAAGCAGGUGUGGCUUUGGUGGGUCAUUGCCGCUUGCUCUACACAGCAUCCUGGGGCUGGCCCGGCAUGAGUUCCAGAGCAGAGUCUGGGUCCUCACAGCUUGUGUUGGGAGCUUAGUGGGCCUGCCUCAUCCUUAUUUAUCUCCUCAUGGUACUAGGUGGUUCAGCAUGGGCUUGUAGGGGGUCCGCAUGCCCCCCAGAGCACAGCCCAGAGGAACGCGUAGGAGCCCCCUGGCCACAGUCAUCCCACUGUGACUGCUUGGUGAGAGAACGUGUCUGCUUUGGCCACUACUGGCUUAGCCUCUUGCUGACAGUACUGACACUACCCUGUGGUGUUCUUGCCCAGGCCAAAAGAGGAAGGCUAGGUUGGCUUUGGGGUAGGGGGUUGGGGGGGGAUGAGCCCCAGCAUGUCUGUCCCUGUGGGAAGUCAGGCUGUGUCCUCUGGGAGGCACGGCAUCCCCUUUCCCUUAGAGGAGGCCCUGAAUUUCAAUAGCAAGGGUGAUUUUCUCUGAAGUUGAUAGAUGUGAGUUAUUCCCAAAGAUGUCUCAUCAUGAAGAAAAAGGAACUUCCUUUUGUUUACAUUCAGGACUUUUAGUGCCAUACGAUGUAGCAAAAGGCAAUAUUCGCCAGAUCAGUGUUAAAUUGAUUAAAAAUUACAGUAUCCCCAUAAAAGCGUCUAUUUUAGGUGUUCAAGUAUGUUUGAAGAGUGGGUUGGGAAAAAGGCAUUUCCUCAUUGACCUAAAUCAGUAUCAAUACUGUAUGCUUUUAUCAAAAACCAAUUUGCACAGGUAGGAAUUCUCUCCCUUGCGGACGGGAUCAACUGCCCCAGGAAUCUGUGAGGGCGGUGUUCUAGGAGCCUAGCUCUGAAGGAUUUAAUAAUUGGGUAGAAACAGCAGGGGUCGAGGAAGAGGGGAGUUAGCAUCACCUGAGAUCUGACUAUAAACAAGGAUUAACGUGGUUCACCACAGCCCUGGAAAAGGAUGCUGUGAAGGCCCAGCCAGGUCCAGACUGUGGUCUUUUCAGAGACGGCUGGAGAGAAACAGCCCGGCCCUCUGCAGAGCCCGACCUGAUGGCCCCUGGGCCCCCCUCUCUCCUUCUAGUCAUUCCUUUAGCCCUUCCAUGGGAAACCAGAACACUUCUCACAUCGUGCUGCAGACAUUCUACCCUGAUGCCCGAGAGCUGCAUCAGGCUGUGCGGUGCACACGCGAUUCAGUUACAAAUUCACACAGGGACACUGGAAUCCUACAGACCAAAAUUCACUCGUCAGCAGGAGCGGUGGCCCGGGGCCCAGCACCAGUGGUCUUCCGGCUUAUCUGAGGGCUGCCGUGUCGGGCGAGGAGAGCCAGGCCAAGGGUCCAGGCUGCUUUAGUCCAUCCGUACCCCACGCGUCUGGGGACAGAUGGUUUUUCUUUAUUGUAAAAUUGUGGACUUUUAAAACCUGUUGACUAAACAGUAAUUAAUUUAUAUUUGUGAAAAAUGCCACUGUCCUAGUGAUUUCUGAUGUAAAUAAUGUUGUUUAUAUAGUAUGUAUUAAAUUUUCCUACAUUGUAAAA